UGCACAACAUGAUGAUUGACGGCGGGGUUUUUUGGUUGUUUCUGUCUGCGGUCGGCUCUCUGAUUGGCUGACUUCAUCCUCAGCCAUGAAUGAGGUCAUCUGAUUGGCUGCGCGUCGUCGCCAGCUGUACUUCAAAGAAGGCGCUCUCUACAACUAGGUAGUUGUUGGUGAGCUGCGAGCCAAGAGAGAAACCGUGUGACCUGCAGUCAAACACGGUGCAAGUUCUGCAGCAAAAUUGGAGCCGUAUACAGCAUUGCAAAUCGCAAAACACUCUCAUCACAGCACAGAUACCCUGGAUAUGGCAACGUCUAUACUUGGGGAAGAGCCACGGUUUGGAACUACACCUCUAGCUAUGCUGGCUGCAACCUGCAACAAAAUUGGCAACACCAGUCCUCUCACAACUUUACCAGACUCCAGCGCUUUCUCCAAAGGUGGAUUUCACCCGUGGAAGAGAUCCUCCUCCUCCAGCUGCAACCUGGGCUCCAGUCUGCCCGGUUUCACGGUAGCAACGAGCCGCGCGUCGUCAGGACUAACACCCACCGGAGGCUCCGGUAACAGCGCCUUCUGCUUAGCCUCGACAUCCCCAACAUCCUCUGCGUUUUCCACCGCAGAGUACAGCGGUCUGUUCUCCAACUCUGCAGGCGUGUCCUCACAAGACGCCGGACAGUCAGCUUUUAUCUCCAAAGUGCACACUUCUGCAGAGAGUCUAUACCCGCGUGUGGGCAUGGCGCACCCAUACGAGUCGUGGUACAAGUCCGGUUUCCACUCCACCAUCGCCGGUGACAACGGUGCAUCCUCGUGGUGGGAUGUGCACACUAACCCUGGUUCGUGGCUGGACGUGCAAAAUCCUGCAGGCACCCUCCAGACGUCUCUGCACACCGGCACGCCUCAAGGAAUCCACUCCCAGCUGAGUGGCUACAACCCGGACUUCUCCUCGCUGACGCACUCGGCGUUCAGCUCCACCGGAAUCAGCCCAACCGCGUCUCACUUACUCUCCACCGGACAGCACCUGUUGACACAAGACGGCUUCAAAACAGUCAUCCCAACAUACACAGACGCUUCUGCAGCAGCCGCCAACGCCAUGAUUUCUGGGGGCAGUUCAGGAAUAAGUAGCUCCUCGAGGUCUUCCAGGAGGUACUCCGGUAGAGCCACGUGUGACUGUCCGAACUGCCAGGAGGCCGAGCGGCUAGGACCCGCCGGAGCCAGCCUGCGCAGGAAGGGCCUGCACAGCUGCCACAUACCGGGCUGCGGUAAAGUCUACGGGAAAACCUCGCAUCUCAAAGCGCAUUUGAGAUGGCACACUGGAGAGCGGCCUUUUGUGUGCAACUGGCUUUUCUGUGGCAAAAGGUUCACUCGAUCCGAUGAGCUGCAGAGACACCUCCGCACUCACACCGGAGAGAAAAGGUUUGCAUGCCCGGUGUGCAACAAGCGCUUUAUGCGGAGUGACCAUUUGAGCAAGCACAUCAAAACGCACACGGCCGGUGGAGGAGGAAGCAAAAAGGGCAGCGACAGUGACACCGAUACCAGCAACCUGGAGACACCGAGGUCUGAGUCUCCUGAACUUAUUUUGGAUGGGGUUAACCCAAGAAUCACUGUUAAGGAUCCGUCUCCUCAUGAUGAGCCCUAAUGACAUAAAAAAAACAUUCAAAAACAUGCACAUUGAAAACGGGUCUUAUUUGAAAAGACAAUAAAAAAGGAGAAAAUAUUUCAAGAAGUUGCAAAAAGUCUAAAAAAUAUAUUCUCAACAUGCGUAUUUCAUGCGUAAAUCCAUCUAAAGACAGUGAUUUGCUGUAAGGCCUUUGGGGGAUUUUUAAGUGGCAACUUGGAAAAAUGAAAUGUUUGAAGGUGAGAGAAACCUGUUGAACUUUGGUUGGACAAUGUGAGUCACAUCUUGUAUAUUGACGACUAAAACUCUGUGUUAUUUUCAUGUAAAUGUUAAUGAUUGUUUUAUUCGUGUUGGUAUCCUGGAAAAAAAAAACAGGAAGUUUACUUUUCGACGCACUUUGUGGAUAUGUAUGUACACAGCUUUUUUUCAACUUUUUGGUUAACCAUUUUAUUUUUUUUUGCUUAAAAAAAAAAAUAUCUAUAUAUAAAUGUUUACCUGUAUAAAGUCACACGUAUAAGACUUUCAUUUUAUCGUAAUUAAAACAUCUUUAAAAAAGGC